GAUAGGCCUAUGGUUUAUUUUUCCAUUCGUUCAUGUGUUUAGGGUGACAUCUGAGGUUCAACUAGUGACAACCAGAGGGUGACAAUGAGCUAUCAACAUAGCGACCAGUAGCAAACAUUUUUAAAAUGGUCGAGUUCCCGAUAACCUAUGGCAUAUGUAUAACUUAAGAAUGGUCGGGAAGACAAUGACUGGAAGGACAUGGCUUGUAUUUCCGCGUUUUGUGAUAUCGUUAGUUUUAAACGUUGUUUACAUUUGAUUUUGGUAGGCUAUCAUAUUUCACACUUCGGUGUAAUUUAGAUUUGCGUAGAGCAGCUACAUAAAGAUUGCGACAAUGUUUCGCAGCCCAGUGCAUGCUGGGAACGUGCUGGGGACACAAAUACACUGGUAUUCUGUCAAGUUCACCCAGCUGACAUGGCGCUAACACGCUUCGAACGGUUCCAAGCAUGGAUUCUACGCACUUUUAAGAAAGUGCUCCUCGUCCUCUAUCAGCUGCUCGCAUCUCGACCGUCCGAUGGAUCUUCCAAAAAACUUGCACCGAUCACCAAUCCUCUCUUGAUGGUCUCUGGCAUACAGCUGGCUCAGAAGAUACGCCUUAGAGAGGUGACUUGCGUAGAGGUGGUACAGGCAUACAUCGAUAGGAUCGAGGAAGUCAAUCCUCUGAUCAACGCUAUUGUCAAGGAUAGGUUCUCCGCUGCCUUGCAAGAAGCUGCCCAAGUGGACAGGCUGAUUGAUGAGGAGGAGGGGGGUGAGGAUGUCCUGAAGGACAGACUGCCUUUGCUCGGCGUUCCAUUCACCGUCAAAGCGGCCUUCGCUCUCCAAGGCAUGCCCUAUUCUGCUGGUCUGGUGUCCAGGAAAGGGGUAAUUUCGGGAGUGGAUGCUCCCCCCUUGGCUCUGCUGAAGAGGGCAGGUGCAAUCCCACUGGGCAUCACAAACUGCAGCGAGCUCUGCAUGUGGUUCGAGUCUCAUAACCGGCUCUUUGGAAUCACCAGAAACCCCUACGACAUGGACCGGAUUGUCGGGGGCAGCACUGGUGGAGAGGCCUGUAUUUUGGCGAGUGGGGGAUCUGUUAUAGGGGUCGGUUCGGAUAUCGGGGGUAGUAUCCGCAUGCCUGCCUUCUUCAAUGGCAUCUUCGGACAUAAAGCCUCCCCAGGCAUCGUCUCUAAUGACGGUCAGUUCCCUCCAUCCUCUGGGCUGGAAGAUGAUUACCUGUCUACUGGGCCCAUGUGCCGCUAUGCUGAGGAUCUGCUGCCCAUGCUUCAGAUAAUGGCUGGGCCCAAUGCUCAAAGGCUGUCCCUGUCGUCAGAGGUGGACCUCAGGAAGCUGCGUUUCUUCUCCGUGCCCCACGAUGGUGGCUCCGUGCUCGUUUCCCCCGUGGACAGGGAGCUGCUCCAGAUCCAGAGGAGGGUGGUGGAACAUCUGGAGGCUGACCUGGGGGUCAAAGUUCAAGAGCUGCGUUUUCCUCAGCUGAAAUACUCUUUUCAGAUUUGGAGCACCUUUAUGAAUUUGCCAGACAAAGACGGCAAGCCCCCCACGCCCUUUGUGGACUACAUGGCUGACCACGGAAAGAAGGUGUGGCCUCUGUGGGAGAUGGUGAAGUCCUUCCUGGGACUGUCCUCCCACACCGUGGCAGCCAUUGGACUGGCUCUGAUGGAGAUGGUGGAAAGCAGUGAACCCGACCCGUAUAUCCUGAAGCAGAAGGAGGAGCUCCAGAAGGAGCUGGAGGAGGUGCUAGGGACGGAUGGGGUGCUGCUAUACCCCUCACACCCUCUCAUCGCUCCCAAACACCAUCACCCUAUUUUUACCCCUUUCAACUUCGCCUACACAGGGAUCUUCAACAUCCUGGGCCUACCGGUCACACAGUGUCCCCUGGGCCUGAGCCAGGGGGGACUCCCCUUGGGGGUGCAGGUUGUCUCUGGAAAGUACCUUGACCGGCAGACCCUGGCCACUGCGCUGUAUCUGGAGAAAGCCUUCGGGGGUUGGAGGGAUCCUGGCUCCUCCUCCUGAGCUCUGCCAGACCCACCCCCCAGCCUUGGUGACAGCGAAAAACAAAACGCUGAACGUCAAAACGAAAAACGCUUCCUCCUGCUUUGGAGCUGUCACAUAGGGAAAGCCAAGAGUGCCAAAAUGUCUUAGAAAAUGUCAAUACAGAAUUAUUGCUUGCCUCAACACACUUAAAAAAACCUAAGCCACUAGCAAUGCAGGAAUUGUGUGUAGCUUAGCAUAUUGCAUUAAGGCAUGCAUCACCGCUACAUUUCUUGAGCACAUUGAUAUGUUAUAUUCAUAAGAUUUUGGUGUACCCCUUAACAUAAGGUAUGCUUAGCCUUCCGUAUAUUAUAUUGACGUGGUGAAACAUUCAUUCUAUUCUUCUGUUCAGUCUUCCUGUGUUUACACAGGAAUAUUUGCCAUGUGAACACAUCAAAAAUAACUGAGACACAUUUUUAAAGACAUUUUGGCACCAUUCGUUUAUCAUAGUCAAGGGCCCGGAACACACUUGCCCAACUGUAGAUCCUUGGCUCGAUGACAUCACCCAUCCAGUCCACAUCCUAAACUCUUCCUACACCCCAAAACUGCAUCACCCAGGAAACCACAUCUCUUGGCUGAAUGUAUACUGAAGACAGCUGCAAGCCAGGCAUCACAAAUAUGAACUGUAACAAUGUAAUGUUAUGCAGGGAAAUGAAUGUAAUCCUACCUAGUGGACAAUCAUAAAACUUGUAUUGAUGCGCUUCACAAACUCGGGAUUCAAGAAGAGCCUCUAAGCCUUACAUAACUGUAUCGGUCAUUCAAUGGAUGAUUCAGUUUUAUUCAUCACGUCUCCAUCGUCAUAUUUCUGCGUGGCUCAACCGUUUCGUAAAUAUCUUUGCUGCACAGUACUGUACAGUAGUUUGAAAGUGCAACCAUAGAUGGCACGCCUUUUGUUGAUUAUUUAAUAUUUCAGUCAAACUAUAGUUGAGUUGAGAUCCUUUUCAAUGAAUUGCUCGAGAAUAGCCUUGCCAUGGCUUUGCUUCAUUUUUUCUAAAAAUACAUUAUAAUGACAUUAGAAUUCCGGUAUCAAAUAGGAAUUAAAUCAAUGUUGCUAUUGCUAAUAGGAAGUGAAAAGGAAGGGAAGUUAUACGUGGAAAAUGAUUCAUAGGAAAUCGGAACAGAAACAUGGGAAAGGGAACAAAACCAGGGCUAGCCGUGCUGCAGACAGCACAGCCCCAUACAAUAGCCCUGUUAUACAAACUGUGUGCCUGAAACAGGUGCAGGUCAAAGGUUGCUGGCUCUAGAUGGACUGCGUUCAUUAUGCAGUUUGUCCUGCUCCAUUUCAUUGACAUUUGGCUACUCUUUUUUGAAUGCCAUGGAGAUAAUGUAACUGUUACUGCGCUAAACAAACAUUGUAUCUCAAAAAUAAAUAAUAAAGCAUCUUUUUACGGUU